UGAGCCUCGCCACGGCCCCAGAUCCUUAUCUCAUUCUUCCCAGCCGCACUCCUCGGUUCCCCUCGCCCGCCAGCACAGCGGCAGAGACCCGUGGGAGCAGCCUGCUGCUGAUAACCUUUUUGGAUACCGAGAAGCCAUCUGAAUCCUGAUCCUGGGGAGAGAAAAACCAUGGGGAGUGGCAUGAGCAAGGUUGUCCAGGGCCUCUACCUUGGGAACAUCCGUGAUUCUGAGGACCGGGAAAACCUGGUGAGGAACGGGGUGACGCACAUCCUCUCCGUCCACCACAACGCCAAGCCGGUGCUGGAGGACAUGACCUAUCUCUGUAUCUCGGCCUCGGAUUCCUCCAGUCAAAACCUGCUGCAGCAUUUUAAGGAGUGCAUCAAGUUCAUCCACGAAUGCCGGCUCGGUGGGGGAGGCUGCCUUGUCCAUUGCCUGGCUGGGGUCUCCCGCAGCACCACCAUCCUGGUGGCUUACCUCAUGACGGUGACCGAGCUGGGCUGGGAGGGCUGCCUGGCCGCCACCAAGGCCGUGAGGUCCUACGUCAGCCCCAACUUUGGCUUCCAGCAGCAGCUGCAGGAGUACGAGGCGACCUUGCUGCAGGAGUACCGUGCCUGGAUCCGCCACAACUACGGCAGGAACCCGUUCAAGGACCAGGAGGAGCUGCAGUGUUUGCUGGCCCAGCAGGAGCAGAGGCAGAAGGAGCAGCAGCUGGGGAGCAGGGAGAGCUCCUGGCUCCGCUCUCCAGCUCCCACCUACCCGCUCCCGUACCACGCAGGUGGCGCUGGCAGAAGCAGAUGGAUGAACAGAUAAGCAGCCGGCUGCUCGAAGGCAGACGUUGGCCCUGGGGCUUGGAAAGCUCCGUAUUCCCUUUGCCGAACACCCACGGGGGGUUCACGUCUAGGGCAGGAAGAAGCCAGCGCCGGCCUCGGCCGUGGGCUCGAGGGUUGGAGGAGGGGGGGUCAGGACUUGCAGACCCCCCCCCUUGGCUGCUGGCUCCGUGUGUACCUCAGGGCCAGCCAGUUUAUCGAUGAUGUGUCUUGCUCUGUCCCGUUCCCCUGUUCCCCAGUGGAUCACGGCCACUUUUCCGUCACCCGUAGCAGCACCGAGCCCUGUUCCUCUCUCCAGCAGCCUGGUCGCUCCUCCGGCAGGACACGGGGAUGCCCACACAGGCGCUGGAAAGCCAGAGCAGGGUGAGAUGGGGAGACACCACCUCGUCUGGGUGGUCCCGAGGCGUGGGUGUGCUGCCAGCCCCGCCAUCCCCCCGUGGGAGUGGGAG